AUGGCCCAGAGUUCAGACUCUGACUCUGAAGAAGCUGCUCCAACUGAACCAGUAGAAUGUCAGCCUCAGGAGACACUAAGCCAGGAAUUACCUGAGACUGAUCAAACACAGACACCAACAGAACAGCUGGAGCAGUCAGAUGAUGACAUAUGGCCUCCAAGCCCUCAGACUCGAAAAGAGGACGACGGCACCGCUGUGGGGAGGACAAGCUGCGGGGCUAAUCCUCCGCCGCACAAGGAUCGGAGGAGCCAGGCUUCGGAGCAGCCCCGCACACUAGAAGCACCAGGAGGGGCAGCGGCUGGCGUUGGCAGAGCCCCUACCUCCACCCGCUCUCGCGCGCCGGCUGCGCGGUCGGCCAGGAUUUGCCUUGUUGCGCGAAGAUUCCGCCUCCCCCAGCCCGAAACGGGCGCGCGCUUCCCCCACCCCCGGCUGCACCUGAGGAGAGGGGGAAAGCCAGGCAGACCGCCUUCCCACGCGAAACCCCCUAAAGCAGAGAAAAAGCGGCGAGAUAAGCCCGGCCGGCCGGCCCCUUUGCCGGCAGCUCCCGGGCAGCCCUCGAGGGUGACUCACGCUGUCUCAGUAGUCCCUGCGACGUGGGCAGGCAAGCGCAGGAGCCCCAAGCCCCUUUGCACUGAGCAACAUCCCAGGGGCUGCCCAGCGUCAGGAGAAGGAGGCGGCGGUGGCUACGGCGACCAAGCGCGUGGAGCGAGGCCGGGAAGGACUGGGAAGACGAGGCUCUUCUGCGCUCGGCUCUGGCUCUGGCUCCGGCUCCGGCUCCGGCUUGGCAGGCUGGCAGAACAUGCGGCUGCGCCCGAGCCGCCUAUAGCCCGGAGCGAGCAAGCGAGAGGAAGGAACGCGCGAACCCGCCCCCGUCGCGGGGGAGGGGGAGCCCCGAAGAGGCCACGUGCGGCAGCACCUGCGGCCGCCUCCCGGCCCGUCCCCCGCCACAAACUUACGCAUCGAGGGAAAGGCUCGCCGAGCAACCUCUCGCCCUUCUUUGGGGUAUCUGUUCGGCGCCCCUCCACUUCCCAAUCAACACCCAGAGGCACCUGCUUCCUGCAGAGCGAGAAUUCCGCCCGGGUCUUCCAAGUCACCUAUCCCACCGGUAUCUGAGGUGGUAUAUGGGCAUCAACUCACAAACAUUUUGAUUUAUGCAGUGAAAAUGCACAGCUUUCAGGUGAAAUGUAGGCCUCUGUUUUGCAACAAGUUGAAGAAAGAAAGAAUG